CUUCGGUCUUUCCGUCGUUCUGUUUUGUUUCUUCUCCUCGCUCUGGGGCUGGCCUUGGGAAAAGGAAACUGAAACCGAAGCGGAAUUUGGCCAGUCGGCGCAGGCUCACCCGGCCCGCCCCCUGACGCGCGCGGCUCAGGCUGAUAAAAGGGCCGGCCGGGCCGCGGGAGCCGGGCGCGUUCGUCUGCACCACACCGGAGCUGGGCGCGUGCGUCUGCACCACACCGGAGCUGGGCGCGUGCGUCUGCACCACACCGGAGCUGGGCGCGUGCGUCUUCACCACACCGGAGCUGGGCGCGUGCGUCUUCACCACACCGGAGCUGGGCGCGUGCGUCUUCGCCCGACGGGAGCUGGGCGCGUGCGUCUUUUUGCCGUACGGGAGCUUGUGCCACAGCCACAGCCAUGGGCUGGGACCUGACGGUGAAGAUGCUGGCGGGCCAGGAGUUCCAGGUGACCCUGAGCAACUCCAUGUCGCUGUCAGAGCUGAAGGCAAAGAUCACCCAGAAGACCGGCGUGCAGGCCUUCCAGCAGCGUCUGGCCGUCCACCCGAGUGGCACAGCACUGCAGGACAGGGUCCCCCUUGCCCGCCAGGGCCUGGGCCCCGGCAGCACUGUCCUGCUGGUGGUGGACAGCUGUCGUGACCCCCUGAGCAUCCUGGUGAGGAAUGACAAGGGCCGCAGCAGCACCUACGAGGUGGUUCUGACGCAGACCGUGGCACAGCUGAAGCGGCAGGUGAGCCAGCAGGAGGGCGUGCAGGAAGAUCUGUUCUGGCUGACCUUCGAGGGGAAGCCCAUGGAGGACCAGCUCCCGCUGGGGGAGUAUGACCUCCAGCCCCUGUGCACCGUGUACAUGAAUCUUCGCCUGCGGGGAGGCAGCGCAGAGCCUGGCGGGCCGAGCAGAGGGCCUCACGCCAGCAUCUGAGCAGGAUCACCUGCUGGAAAUAAAGGUUGCUGCAAAGAGAAA